AUGGAGUGCUUCAACACGCUGCUCCUCAAACUGAGGGAGGUGCAUGAGAGGGAGGUGGAGGGUUGGCAGGUGAAGAUCCAGGAGCUGUCCAACAAGAAGGGCUGUGACACCAAGAGAAUGGAGGAACUGUUCACCAAGAACCAGCAGAUGAAAGAUCAGCAGAGGGUUCUGGUGGAGAACAUCAAGACUCUGGAGAACAGGUUGAGGGCGGGGCUCUGUGACAGGUGCACCGUCACCCAGGAGGUGGCCAAGAGGAGGCAGCAGGAGUUUGAAGCCACUCAGAUGCAGAGUCUGCAGCACAUUUCUCUCCUGGCAGGAGAGAUGAACAUGGUGAAGAAGGAGAACAAGAGACUGAGAGAGGAGCUGAGGAGCUUCAGAGCAGCUCUGGACAGAGGAACCAGCAGCUCCACCAGCAGCUCCUCCACCACGGAGCUGAAGACCAGCAGCUCCCCAGACCUCCCUCCUUCCUGUGGCCUCCUCAGCAGGAGCAGAGAGCCUCCAGCAGGGGGCAGCGUGGCCGUCAAGACAGAGGAGCAGAGUGGAGAAGGUGAGGAGGAGGAGGAGGAUGAGAGACAGCUGAGAGGGAUCAACGGAGGACACUUUGACUCGUACAGGCCUCUGUCCUGGAAGACAGACCCGGGCGUGGCCCGUCUGGGGGACAGGAGAGCUCAGAGUGUUGACGGAGUGGACCAGCGCUCCUCCGUCCCUCUUCCUCCUCCUCCUCCUCCUCCUCCUCCUCCUCCUCCUCCUCCUGCUCCUCCUGCUCCUCCUGGGGAGGUGAAGCCGGUGAGACAUGUCCUCCAUGCCCCGGUGGCCUGCCGUCCUCAGCCCAGUAAGACCAGUACGGUGACGCUCCACUGGCCUCUGUCUGACCCUCCUGACUGGGUCUCAGCUCCAGAGACUAGUCUGGUCCUCCAGCCUGCUCCCAAACUAAACCUGCCCCGCUUCCCCAGCCUGGUGCCCUCCGGCCCCCUGCCCUCCAGCUCCAGGAGGUCUGGGUUAGGGUCGGGGUCUCCCUGGCAGAAGCAGAUCUCCCCCGUCCCCCCUAAAGAACCCACGGUGGUCUUCAGACUGGCCAACCUGCCAGAACACAUGGAGGGUCCCAGCAAGCCUCAGGAGAAGAAGAGCUCCAGGACCGACAGGGUCUCUGGGGACGGGGUCCGGGAGCCCUACGAGGGUCCUCUGGACCUGUCGGACCGGGGGAAGUCCAAGUCCCUCCAGACACCCAGAGAGGGGUCUCCUCUAGUCCCCUCAGGGGGAGACAGAGUCCAGAGGAGUCCUGACAAGGACGGGAAGACCAACGUAUCUUCACAUGGACAGUUAUCAUCAUCAUCAUCAUCAUCAUCAUCAUCAUCAUCAGGGUCUCCUGGUGUCCCUAAACCUCCAUCAGGACCCUCCGAGACCCCCACCGACCACAACCACAAGAAGGAGGAGGUGAAGACAGAGCAGACUAACGGGAAGAAGGUUCCUGUCCUCACCAUCUCUCUCCGUCCAGUAGUGAUGCUGGAGAACCUCAACUCUGCUGCUCUGCAGGAACCGCUGCUGGCCAGAACCAAGUCUUCAUCAGCUGUGGCAGGAAGCAGCUCAGACGAUCACGAUGAAGAGGAGGAAGAGGAGUCAGAGCAGGAGAGUAACCAUGGCAACAAGAGGAAGAGAGCGUCCGUGGAGACGGAGACGGACAGAGACUCAGAGACAGACAACGUCCAUCAGGAGAGGAAGAUCAAGAUCACCGUGAGGACGGAGGAGAAGAGCUCCUGUUAG